UGCCACGAGCCCGCCAUGCGCACCUGUUUCCAACCCCAUCCAUCUCCACCGUUCGCUUCGUCUCCCCGUCUCCCUCCUUACUAUAUCAACCCUUCGUUUCCGGUGUUCCCUCAUCCCAAUCCUCUCCCUUCUCGAUUCACCGGCGCUUCCUCUGACACUAUGCUUCUCAAGGCUUCUCAUCCUCUCCCUCUCCUCUCCCCCACAUCCUCGGAGGCCUCGCCGCCGCCUCCUGCUUCCCUCCGCCUCGCUCUGAGCCUUCCGAAAGUUCAGACCCGUCGCGGGCGCGUGGUCGCCGCUUCCGGAGGCCACGUCAUCACCGGCGUCGUCUUCGAGCCCUUCGAGGAGCUCAAGCACAGCGAGCUCUGCCUCGUGCCCACCGCCCCCGAUCAGUCCCUCGCUCGCCAAAAGUACGCCGACGACAGCGAGGCCGCCAUCAACCUUCAGAUCAACGUGGAGUACAAUGCAUCGUAUGUGUACCAUGCCAUGUUUGCCUACUUCGAUCGGGACAAUGUUGCGCUCAAAGGCCUUGCCAAGUUCUUCAAAGAAUCGAGCGAGGAGGAAAGAGGCCAUGCUCAGAAGCUGAUGGAGUAUCAGAACAAAAGGGGAGGGAAAGUGAAGCUUCUGCCGAUUAUUUCGCCUUUGACCGAGUUUGAUCAUCCUGAGAAAGGCGAUGCACUGCAUGCAAUGGAAUUGGCUUUGUCUAUCGAGAAGCUGACAAACGAGAAGCUACUGAGUCUACACAAAGUAGCUCAAAAGUGUAAUGAUGCUCAGAUGUCAGACUUUAUCGAGACCGAGUUUCUUGGUGAGCAGGUGGAAGCAAUUAAAAAGAUCGCUGAAUAUGUUGCUCAGUUGAGAAGAGUGGGAAAAGGACAUGGAGUCUGGCAUUUUGAUCAGAUGCUUCUCGAUGAAGGGGCUGCUGCUGCAUGAGCUUCGCGAGGAACACUGGUUGUGUCGAGUCCGCCAUCAUCGAAAUCGCCUUAGUCGUGUCUAGUCCAUCAUCAUCCUAGGAGGGUUGUAAUUUCUCUCUCAUCUUUGUUUCUAAUGUGUUUUGGGUAUUUGGCAGUGCAGUAAUUAAUGUGAACAAAAAGAAUGAGAGUAGAGAAGUCAGAGACUGAAUCAAUGUUCUUGCUCCAGUGAGAGUAGUACUACCUUUUCAGGUGCAGUAAGUAUGUUGUUGAUAAGAAUCAGUUAAUUAGUUACCACUUAGAAUCUUGCCA